AAUAUUCCACCAAUACAUCUUCUACAAUGCAUAGGACCCCAUCAAACACAUAUCUGGGCCUAGAAGUAGCCCCAGCCUUCUUCAAGUCCAUACAGCAAACAGCCCCACCUUCCCCCACUAAACGCCACACUAAGAUCUCCGUCAUCGGCACCGGCAAUGUCGGCAUGGCUAUUGCCCAGACCAUUCUCACCCAAGACCUCUCCGACGAACUCGCUCUCGUUGAUGUCAACCCCGACAAGCUCCGUGGCGAGAUGCUCGACCUCCAGCACGCCGCCGCCUUCCUCCCCCGCACCAAGAUCCUCGCUUCUGUUGACUACUCCGUCACCGCCGGGUCCGAUCUCUGCAUCGUCACUGCCGGUGCUCGUCAGAUCGUUGGCGAAUCUAGACUCAACCUGCUCCAGCGCAACGUCACUCUCUUCUCGAACAUCAUACCCCCUCUCGCCAAGUACUCCCCCGAUUCGAUACUGAUGAUCGUGUCAAACCCUGUCGAUGUCUUGACCUACGUGGCUUGGAAGCUUUCUGGGUUUCCCUCCAAUCGAGUGAUCGGAUCCGGAACUAAUCUCGAUUCCUCCAGGUUUCGCUCCCUGAUCGCCGAUCAUCUCGACGUCAACGCCCAAGACGUUCAGGCAUAUAUUGUUGGCGAACAUGGAGACAGUUCGGUUGCGCUGUGGUCGAGCAUAAGUGUUGGUGGGGUUCCUGUAUUGAGCUUCUUAGAGAAGCAACAGAUCGCAUACGAGAAGGAAACACUGGAGAACAUCCACAAAUCAGUCAUAGACAGUGCAUACGAGGUGAUUCGUCUCAAGGGCUACACAUCAUGGGCGAUUGGGUACUCUGCGGCUAGUCUCGCUCGAACUAUACUUAGGGAUCAAAGGAGGGUUCACCCUGUUUCAGUCCUGGCCAAGGGCUUCUAUGGGAUGGAUGAAGGGGAUGUGUUCUUGAGCUUGCCUACCCAGCUUGGUAGGGGUGGGGUUCUGGGUGUGAUUAAUGUGCAUUUGACAGAUGAAGAAGCACAGCAGCUCCGUGACUCUGCUAAGACUAUCUUGGAGUACCUAAGCCAACUUGGGAUAUAGAAGAAAGCUGCAAGCUUAUCUUUUGAUCUUUAAUUUGUUUGUUUGGUUCUGGGUUUCUUUUGUAUGAUCA